UAGUGGUGAACGCCUCUCUUGUAUUUGGGGGCCGUGCCCCAGGCCCCUCUCCCUGUGAAGUCCUCUGGGCUUUGUAUCGCAAAGUGAAGACCUCAGGGCAGAUGCUGGGGAACCUGUCAUUGGCUGAGAACAGCCUCACCUCUGAUGGGGCCGACCUGAUCACUCUGGCCCAGGAGACCAUCAGCAUCCGCUUCACAGCCAUAAGGCCCUUCCUGCCGCAGCUCCUUGUACCGGGUUCUGUCUCCUUUGUCCUGCUGGAAAGGCAGAUCCUUCAACAGGUCACACCGGUGGUGUCAGGAUUCUAUAAGGUGAGUCCCCAAGAGAGGCCCCUGCUCCUCUUCAGCAAUGCUGAACAGUAGGUGGGCGUUUAUAUCGAAUACAAGUUCCAGACCCCCAUCCCUACCCACCUCCAAGGCCUGGCUAAUCACAUGGCCCAAAACAUAACAGAUCUCCUCCAGAAAUCCAGCAUCGUGGCCAAUGGGGAGAAGGCAGAGCUGGUGCUGAAUGAAGUUUGGCCGCAGAUCCUGGGCCAGCCCUACACCAAGGCCUUGGAGGACAAAACCAGCCCUGAGUUCUGCGCACUUCAGGGGCAACUGACAAGAUGGGUGAAGUGGCGGGAUGAAGUGGGGGGGUUGGGAAGAGGCCUCGGGAAGAUGGGGGAUAACUGGACAAGGCUUUGGUAG